AUGCUCGUCGUAGGCCUCACAGGUGGAAUCGCCACCGGGAAAUCAACCGUUUCGACGCUCCUAAAAGCGCGAAACAUACCCAUCAUCGACGCUGACCUGCUCGCCCGACAAGUCGUCGAGCCUGGCACCCCCGCUCUCGCCAAAAUUAAACAAACCUUUGGCGAUGAGGUGAUACUCCCGAAUGGCGCGCUGGACAGGAAGAAGCUGGGUUCCGUCAUUUUCAACGACGAGGCCAAGCGGAAGCAGCUGAACAAUAUCGUGCAUCCUGCUGUGAGGAAGGCUAUGCUUUUUGAGGUGGUUAGGAGUUGGGCGAAUGGGGAGAAGUAUUGUAUUUUGGAUGUUCCGUUGUUGAUCGAGGGGCCGUUGUGGAGGCUGGUGGGCUUGGUUGUGGUCGUUUAUUGCUCUGAAGAGCUGCAACUGCAACGUCUAGUUUCCAGAGACUCGUGUUCUCGUGAAGACGCGCUCUCCCGGAUUCAUUCACAACUUCCCAUCGCCGACAAAGUGGCCUAUGCAGACGUUGUCCUCGACAACUCGGGAAAUAAGGCAGAACUCGAGAAGCAGGUUGACGCUCUGGUUCAGAGGCUGGACAAGGAGGUCGGGUGGACGUGGAUUGUGGGUUACAUGUUCCCUCCGUUCGGCUUUGUCUCUGCCAUCCUUGUGUUGCUCUGGCGCUUCUUGAAGACCUUGGUCAAGCCACCAUCCAGGAGGGCGAAGACGGACUAGGGACUUGCUCGAUGCUCGAUGUAUUCUUGUUGUAUUCUACAGAGGACAACUAAUUUAUUUCCCCUGGCCCGACCUUCGUUCGUUGAACGC